AUGGCACCGAAGAAAGAUAAAGGGAAAGAGGAGUCAAAAUCGAAAACUGGCGGCGCUGGAGGUUUCACGGAAGUUGAGCGAACGUUCCUGGAACUGCAAAUUAGUGAUUGCAAUCGUAAGAUAGCGAGACUUCGAGCUGCUGUAGACGAAUAUGAACAGCGAAAUGAUGAACUACAGAAAGCUUACGACAAACUGGAUGAAGAUCGAGCCGACAUUAUCGCGUAUCUUAAGAAAACCCUCAACCUUAAAAAUGAAGAGAAUAACGAGUUAAAAGAAAAAGUUAAAGGACUAGAAGAAACGAGGGAAAUCGAAACUGCUCAGUUUAAAGAAACCGUCCAUGAAUUGGAGAAAAAUUUCACAAUUAUGAAAGACCAAUUGACAUCCGAAAAUAAACUGUUAGCCGGAAAACUAAACACGUUGGAAGAGUUUAGAGCUAUACGAGAUGAUCUCAUGAGAAAAUUCGAAAAACAAGAGCAAGCGUUUAAAGAUCAGGAGAUGAAAUAUAAGAGAAUUAUUUAUGAUGCAGAAAAGAAAUUUGUUAUUGGGAAAGAUAAACUUAAGAAAGAAAUGGAAGGUAGACUCCUACAACUAGCGCAAGAUUUUCAGGAUGCUACGGAAUUACGAAUUGCUGCAUCUACUCAUCGGGUAAUCAGAGAAAAUAUAGCUAUUAAUAAUGAAUUAGACAGUAUUUUAUCAACGCAAGCAAAACUAGCAGAGCAGAAUGAAAAGUAUAAGGAGAACGAAAGAGCAGCUCGUGUAGCUAUGGAACUUGCGGAAGAAGAGAGGGAUAAGGCUAUCAAUAAGAACGUCGUCCAAGUUAAGGUCAUUGACCAACUAACAGUCGCUUUUCAGCAAAUACAAAAAGAAAUGGGCUUGUUCGAAAAGAAAAACUACGAUUUCGACUUAUUGCAGGAAAAAAUUGAAAGACUUUCUAAAGAUAACGAGAACUUAGGUUUACAAGUACGAAUAUUAGAACAAAAUCUGCACGCCAGAAUGACUGCUCAAAACAAGGCAACUGCGGAAGCCUCAAAGGUUUACAAAGAGUGUGAAAAAUUAAGAAAAAUUUUAUCGGAGGCAGCUGUAGCUGUACAAGCUGCUCUCAAACUAGAUGACUGGGCAACGAAAGAUCCUUCGAGAGAAAUCAUGGACCGACAAAUGUUGCUAGCUAGACUGUUGGAUAUUAUAUCUCAAUACCACGAUAUACAACGAGCCGAAUCUAUGGAAACAUUGGCGUCAUUCGGAAAGGUUUACGAGGAAGGUGAUCUCGGCUUUAUGCCGAAGCCAGUUCAAAAGCAGUCGGCAAUACCAGCAAUCGCUUCUGCUCUGUCGAAAGACUCUCUUAGGGGUGAAAAGAGAUCAUCCGACGUUAUGUCCGUCUCAUCAGCGUCUCUGGGCAGCAUCAAGACUAUUCCGAGUAUGAAACUCGUGCCACCAUCGACGGAACCUAUGCCGCUGGUACCAAAAGAUAGCUUACCUUCAUUUGUUACGUCGUCACAAUCGACAGUUAGUGAAAGUGUCCAAGCCGAGGAAGUCCCCGAGAGUGAAAUGAGUAUAGGUCAAAAACUAGAACAGAGUAAGCUCGAAAUACAAAAAUCGAUACUAAAAGAUUUACAAUACUCGCAAGCAGCGUUGGUAUCGCAAACUAGAAUGUCCCAAAUGAAAUCUGUAAUGGAAGCGCCAGAAGAAGCGAUGGGAGAGCAGCAGGAGGGCGAAGAUAUAGAAGGCGAGCGUGUAGAAGGAGAACAUGUUUCUGAUGAAGAAGCGAGUGAGACGGCAAAGGGCGAAGAAGAAGACGAAAAGGAGGAUGUUGAACAACCAACAGAAACAAAUGAAUAG